AGAUUUCGCCUUGUAAAACUAUUGCCAGAACUACUCAAACUUGGAGUACUUUCUAUGCGCACGGUGUUGCGAACGCUGGAUACCGUCGUUGGAAUCGUUGUCGUUUCAAGUCCAAGAUCAGGACUUAUGGAGUUGUCUUCGGGAGGCAUAGGUAUCUGAGGAGUUGUUGGUGCGUUUGGGAUCAUGUCAGAAAAGCGCCUUGUGUCCUGACUGACAUUUUCCUCCGAAAUAUUCGAGUCUGUCGUUGUAGGGCUAGGCGAACAUGAUGUCCUCGCUGAUCUCGAUGAACUAGACGCUGUGUUCUUAUUACUUUUCUCUGCAAGUUUCUUUCCAUACAAAUGUACGCGAUUCCGCCGGUUUGGUGGUAGUCGCCCCAUAGCACAAAAUACGUUUUCGAUGUAAAUAAAUCGCGUAAAAUUCAAUGUACUUUACACAAUGUACGUGUGUCGUUGAAUAAUUCAUGGCAAGUUAGCGCCAAAAUUUCAAAUCCGAUAUCCUUGCUCCCAAAUCAUGAACUUUGGUCGGUCAGGGAGUUGCGACGUGAAUGACACGUGAAAGUCAUAUGAACAUUAAAUCUCAAAUUUUGAUUAUCAUUAUGCUUGCGGGCGGACGGGUAUUAGCUUUAUUCGAUAUCGAUAUAUUUUAAGCUUCCAAUCAAUAUUUGAUCCCAUGAGUGAAAAAAGAAAGUACUGUGGACAUUGUCAAGAGUUUGUUACGCUAAGAACAUAUCGUACGCACGAAAAGCUAUUUUUUAUCAAAGAAACAGGUGUUUGGAAAACAUGUGUCGUUUCUUCGGAUGAAGAAGAUGAACACUCCAUUCGAGAGCAUAUUAAUGAUAGUUCCCAAGACGAAUGUGAAGGAAAGUUCCCUAAAGACAAAGGAGACGGCGUUGGUUCGGAUUGCUUUCAUGUAUCCGAUUGUCAAUCCAGUGUUUGUUCAGAUGAUGAUGACUCGUCAGAUACAGAGUGGUUGUAUAAAGAGCGUGUAUUUCCAAUUAACCCAGAAAUUUGGGAGAUUUCUGAAGAGGAUAUCAAUGUUGACCUUGAGAGAAACUCUAUACCACAUGUUUCCAACGAUCUUAAAGGUAAUGCAUCUAAUCCAGUAAAGAAUAUUUUGCGUUGGGCACUUGUAUUUUUGUCUAUAUGGGCUGCCCAUUGCAAAAUUUCAGAAACUGCACUGGAGUUGCUAUUGUCAUUUCUUCAUCGUUGGUUUACUGUUUUGGGGACAAUCUUUCCACCGUUUGCUGUUUUUAUAUCUUUUCCAACUACUAUAUCAUCGCUACGUACAUAUCUUGGCAUCGAAAAAGACAGCUUUACCAAAUACGUUGUCUGUAACAAAUGUUCCAGUUUAUAUUCAUUUCACGACUGCUACGAGUUAAAGUAUGGCAAAAAAGUGACCAAAAAAUGUCAGUUUAUUUCAUUUCCUCAUCAUCGCCAAGUUCACCGCAGGCAGCGUUGUAACGAGCCGCUAUUAAGAGAAGUUGUGUUAAAGAACGGAAAGUGCCAUUUGUACCCAUUCAAAAUAUUUUGCUAUAAAAGUAUAUCGGAAACACUGAAGAAUAUGAUAAGCAGAAAUGGAUUUCGCCAGAAGUGUGAACUGUGGAGAAGUAGAGAAGUUCCUAAUGGUUUUCUAGCUGAUGUUUUUGAUGGACGUGUUUGGCGAGAGUGGCAAUUCGUUGAAGGUAAACCUUUCUUAGCUGCCCCUGAUAACUAUGCUUUGAUGCUUAACGUGGACUGGUUUCAGCCAUUCAAACAUUCCGUCUACAGCGUUGGGGCCAUGUAUUUGGUUAUAAUGAACUUACCCAGGAGCGACAGAUUUAAGCCUGAAAAUGUCCUGUUGGUAGGUCUGAUUCCAGGUCCUAAAGAACCAUCGUUGAACAUAAAUACGUACCUCAAGCCCAUGGUGACAGAACUAAAUUUGUUAUGGACGGACGGUAUAAAUAUUAACUCUGAAAUUUGCAUUCGUGCUGCCUUAUUGUGUAUAGCGUGCGAUCUACCUGCCGUUCGAAAAGUGUGUGGAUUUACUGGUCAUGGGGCCCGCAAUGGAUGCUCCAAGUGCAAGAAAGCAUUUCUUGGGGUAGUAGGGAAAAUGGAUUUUUCUGGGUUUGAACCUUCCCCGCCUAGAAAGAAUGCUGAGCAUCGACAACAAGCUCAAGAAGUGCUUAACCAGACAAGUAUGACCGAUCAAGCUAAAGCUGAACAGCGUUAUGGCACAAGGUUCACGGAGCUUAUGAUGUUGCCUUAUUUUGAUUGCGUACGGUAUCAUGUUGUCGAUCCAAUGCACAACCUGUUUCUGGGAACUUCCAAGCAUUUAAUGAAGAAUAUUUGGUUGCAAGGCGAAACACCACUUAUUGAAAGGAAGGAUCUUAUGAACAUCCAGAAAAAGUUGGAUACUAUCAAAGCACCGUCAUCUAUUGGUAGAAUGCCUAAGAAAAUCGAAAAUAGUUAUGGCGGAUUUACCGCUGAUCAGUGGAAAACGUGGACAAUUCUCUUUUCAGUGUUUAGUCUUUGGAAUGUAUUACCAGAUGAGCAUCUCAAAUUAUGGCAUGAUUUUGUUAUGGCUUGCAUCUUGUAUUGUGCUCCUGUCAUCACAGAAGGAAGAGCAGAAUUGGGACACUCGCACAUUUUAAAAUUCUGCAAGGGCUUUGAAAAUCUUUAUGGAAAAGAGAAGGUCACGCCAAACAUGCAUAUGCACACCCACAUUCUCGACUGCAUUUUGGAUUACGGACCUGUAUAUUCGUUUUGGCUAUUCAGUUUUGAGCGGUACAAUGGUCUUUUGGGCGAAAUUGUUACCAAUCAGAGGUCAGUAGAAGUACAGUUAAUGAGAAAGUUUACGUCCGAACAGUUCGUAAGAAACUUGGAGCGGCCAGUUCAAUUUGGUGAUUCGUUUUUACCUAUAUUUGAAAAACUAAAUAUUAAGAACACUGGAACGCUUGCCUCUGAGCUGGAAGACAUGAAAACAAAAGAAGUGAUAGAGACUAGUAUGCUUGCCAUUGGUCCUGUCCGAAAGAACGACUCACGAUGGAGAAUCGAUGAAAGGAAGACUGUGUAUGAACUGCGUUGUCCCUAUUCCUUAGAAAGCUUCGACGCAGAGGAUCUUGCCUUAAUCACAAGAGUGUAUAUGGAAAUAUUUGAUGGACUAAACGUAGAAUCAGUUACCACACACUUUAAUCGUUAUGCUGGUGUCUUUUUCGCGGGGGAAUAUUUUGGGUCUCUGAACUCCCGGGGAGAGAGAUCAUGUUACAUAAUGGCUAGAUGGUGCAGUCUUGGUGGGGUCAUUGAUAAAGCGGGUACGGAUCUUAGACCAGGUGUUAUUGACUAUAUUCUUGAGCAGAGUAUAGAGGUUAAUGAUAAUCGCGUGAAAUGUAUACUUGCGGCCGUAAGAUGGUUUUCAGUACAUCCCCAAAGACAUAAAUUGGGAUCCCCAACUGAAGUAUGGUGCAGAAAUGUCUGGGAGUUAGAUGGCUGUGCAAGUUUUAUUCCAGUGCAAAGGAUCUUUUGUAGGUUUGUCCCUGUUUAUGAUGUUGUUGACGGAGAGAGAGUUUUAAUUGUGUGCCCAGUUCCGCGCAAGUUUCAGUGUUGACCGGAUUUGCCAGAACAUCUCCAUUAAAACGUCGAAUUUGACUAUACAUUUAACCAGUUGAAAUGCUCACCAUUGCAUGCAAAAUUCGCGCAAUGCCCAAUAAGGUUAUUCAAAUAAAUU